GGACGAUGCUAUAUUCGCCCCAAGAAGCAGUAUCCGAGCUCCCGGACAGUCUUCUUCUUCGUUUUGCUCGAGCGACCGGCUUCCCGCGUCAUUUUUUCUUCUGCGACGCGUCGCGUACAGGGCGGACGCGAAUCCGCUCGAUUUGUUUUUAUUUUUUUUUAUUGUGUGCGUUCGUGAUCGGAGGAGACGUUUGUAGAACUUCGCCGACCAUGGAGCGCUACCACAUAUUCAAGCUGGGUCUGGCCGUCACCUUCUACGCCGCGUACUGUGUUAGACCCAUGUUGGUACACAGCUUGGACUCGGACAAUGGCAUCGAUCAACACAAAUCUAAGUCGCACCUCGGCAGCGACUACUGGGUGUACUACCAAGGCGUGGACGGCAGGCCUGGACUCGACUACCCGGUAUACUCCUACAUCCCGAGGACCGUCUUCAGUUGUCGCGGCAUCGAGUCCGGGUACUACGCAGACCUGGACACCGACUGUCAAGUGUUCCACAUCUGCGCAGACGGCAAGAAGAUCUCCUUCCUCUGUCCCAACGGUACCAUCUUCCAGCAAUCGGAGUUGAUCUGCGAAUGGUGGAACAAAGUAAACUGCAGCGAUUCACCGAAUUUGUACAACGAGAGCGUCGAACGUCUUCACAACGAUAUAGCCAGAAGAAAAUCCUCCAGGCGCGUAUCUUUGGACGGUGGAGAAACGAAUCAUGGCGCCGUUAUGCGAACCGAGGAAAAGGCGUCGGUAAGGGCGGUCAAGAACGGUAAGGAGUAUCCCGUGGAAGUUACCAAUAAGCACCUGGGGAACUCCAACACUCCGGCUAGGUAUCCUAACCAUAACUACGAUGUUGGUGGCAGUCAGGUUAAAAAAGAUAUAGGAAAAGAUACGGGCAAUUACAUCAAUGGAAACCAUCGCGAAAGGAAUUCCAAAAAGGUGGACGGCAGUCAAAAAACGAGAUUUGAUGUCUCGUCUACUCCACCUUCGAUUUCGAGGUCGACUAGCUACUACCAAGAGCCGUCAACUUUCAAAACUAACCGAGAUUCGAAGAACAAUCAACUAACCGAAAGUACCAAGUCUGAAGCGCGCACAUCCGCUACCCCGAAGAAAGCUGCCCACCUGAACCCUUAUCCCAGUGCAAUAUCUAGCAUACCAGUGUUCGUGGGUCCAUCGCAACCUCCGAUCAAGUUUUAUCAAACCACUAUCACUAGCAAAAUAUUAGACAGUCGCCAAACGACGUCGCUUCCAAGUAGUGCCUCUCUGUCACAAAAACCCUACCGCGGCAGUGUCAAAUUCCAAUCCAACCCAAAUGACGAAGAAGCGAGCUUCAAAACGAACAUCAACAGCAACUACGUUACGGCUUCUACGCUGCUUCCUCCUAAGGUUGACUCCAAUCUCAACACUGAGCAACCUUCCGGCUCUUACGAUCUGGAAUUCCCGAAGCACAAGUCGGAGUCGAUAAGCAGUACGAAAAGUGACGCCGAAGAAACACAAGUACCUCAAGAGUCUUCGUCGUUUGUUAAAAACCCCUACAACAGUAUCACUGAUAAUUCUAAAAAAUACGUGGACGCCUAUCCGAAUCACAGAAGCACCUACUCGGAUGUCAAACCCUUCAGCUACCAAACUCCCAAACAAACAAUCUCAUCGAUCACACCUCAUUUGGUCACCACCCAACCUAUUAACAGUGGCAAACCGUUCAUCGGCAGCAGGAUCGGAUCCACACUUACCACCAAAGCGCAUACGUACCUGCCUACGAGUACCGCGAGGACUCCGAAGAGCCACGAAAUCAUUUUGGGAGUUCUUAGACACUCGACGACCGAAUUGCCGCCGUACGGACCUCCGGAAUUGUUCAACGUUGGCAAUACGGACAAGACUUUGCCCCCAGUCGAAACCACGACUUCUGUUACCAACUCUCUACCAACCGAAACCUUCAAUUUAGGAAACACCGAUAGUACCGUCAAGACGGAUGUGGUUCCGAGUUACGGUACCACCACACUGAAACCAUUAGAUAUUUACGUGCCCGAAGAGGGUUCCUUCAACAUAGGUGAAGGGGUUGUCAAUUUGACGACAACGAAACUGCCAGUACCUGUAUCUGAACCCCUCUUUGUGAAGAAAUACGUGCCACUGCUUUACUCUGGCUCCGCGUCGUCGCCAGGCAUUAAUCAUUCCGUAGUAUACGGUACGUAUGAACCGACUAGGGCUCCGGCUGGUGGAGACACUUACAAUCGAGUGAGUACCACGAUCAGGCCGACUGAUGCGACUGCGGUGUAUGGUUCCUACGUUUCCGCUGGAAAAGGCGGGGGAGUACCUGUGAGAUUCGCCAAAGGCAGCGACAAGGUUUCGAUUCAGCUCACCAAAUCACUGGGACCAUCAUUUAGUACCAGCACCGCAGGGCCCGCGAACAACGAUGACUAUGUGCGCAUAAGUGCCGGAAUAGCGAGCAGUACUCUGGCUCCUGCUCCGAACGGCUUCUUUACCGCCAGAGGUUUGCCUAAUUCCACCCCCGCUACGUUAACUGCCCCUAUUUCGGAAACCCAGAAACCCAGGCCGUUCGAGGUUCAACAAAAUGUCGAAACGAGGUACUACUCAAGUAGUACCGUGUCCCUAGCCCGUCCCACUUUUCCGCCAUAUCAAAUAUCAAGCGCGAGACCUUUCCAAAAGGUCACACCGACCGAACCUACCCCUUACACGACUACAUUACCUACGUCUACAAAAUCUUUUAUCUACGACAAUGUUGAUAACAUGAUCAAUGUGCUUAAAGAAAUAGCUCGGGCUAAUACCAAAGAUUACACGCAGGACUCUUCGAGGCCGGGGCUGGUGAUACCUCCUUCGGUGAGUCCACAAACUCUCCACUCUCUAGCGCAAUACUUCGCUAACGAACUCGACCACGACGAUGGCGUGAAUCUGCAACCUGACACUAAAGACGAACUCACAACCCUUCUCACUCAAAUGACUGUGCACGGUUACAAUAGCUUGUUCAGCAAGCAUAGUGAGACGACGAGUAAUGGUACUGCAGUAUCAAGUACUACGGAGACUCGAGGGGAAACAAUCGUCGAGACUGAAGCGAGAAACAAUGAAGAGAACCAAGUGGAAGAGGAAAACGAUACUGAAAAGCCCGCCGUAGAGCUGAGGCAGCUAGCUAGGAAUUUUUCGCUGGCGCUAUCCUCAUACCUUCACGACCCUGACAACUUUAGGAAAGGAUUGGAGGAACUGCGUCCCACGGAACCACCUCCCCUGGAAGGAGAGGACAAUACAGAGUCAGGCGGUGAAGAAAUCCUCAAUUUUUCUGACGCGGACAUCACACCAAGCCCGCCUUCUCCGUCGCCCACCUGGGGCUAUAUAUUAGCUCCCAAACUGGCUCCAGCUACAGAAGAUGUUAAAAACUCUCUCAACCCGGAUUUGAAUACGGCCGACUCGCAAUCCUUUGUUCCGAACUACAACAGCUUCAAGGUACAAGAGAAAACUGAGCUGCCUCCAAAUCACUGGACUACCUCUCCCGGCGCCACCAAGUUGUGGCAGAAAAUUGUGUCGGUAGACCCUUCCGUGGUGAACGAAAGACUCGUUACCACUCCGAUCACCGCUAGCCAAGAAGAAGAAGAAGAGGAUAUAACCGAAGAGCCGGAGUUCUUCCAAGAUGAGGCUUUGGCCAAAUUACCGCCCCAUUCGGAAAUCCGCUACGAACUCAAAACGCUGCCUCAGUUUAAUUUGAACUCUACUCAGGUGCAUGGCAUUUUGUUGAACUUCAUGAACCACACGGAAGAAUCGGCGAGACUUCAGAGGAUCCUGAAGAAGCUGAACACAACCGAAGACGAGUUCCUUUCCAGGAUGAAGGAGAUCGAGUCGAAUCCACUGACCAAGAGGUUGAUUCUCCUCCUCAUAAGCGAGUGCGGGUCGGACGUAACCCGGGAAUUGGGGUCUAACGAGAGCCACAAGACUCUUGCGACUAGGAGUGGACACGCCGGUAACGAAGGCGACAGUGUCAGCCGAGGUUUGCUGAAACUGGUGGAUCCCAAGCUGAAGGAAACUGACCAAGACGCUAGGGCGUUGCAGCUGCUCAACGCUUUGUAUACUAUAGCGUCGAGGUUUGGCAAGUGAUAGCCGUUUGUAGUAAAAUUAUUAAAGAUGCAUUUGAGAUAAUGCUCAUUAUGUGUGGGAGUGUGCACGAGCAGAGAGCAUUGAGGUUCUGCAAAAGAAUAUUUCAAACUAAUUCUAUCCGUGAUUCAUUCCUUGCCUUGUGCAUUUUUUGAGGCAUUUGUUGUUGUUUAAUAUAUCAUCCCGUAAUUAGUUAAUUUAAAUAAUUAAACAAUAGAGCGAAUAUGGCUUCCUAUAUUUAUGAAACGGUUUGAGUGUUGAGUUGCGUAAGCUCUGAUGUAACACUCGAAUAUCCCAAUAGUUAUAGAAUUAUUUAUUAUUAAGGUAUUAAUAAUAGAUAAUGUAAGAGAGAGCAAAAAAUAAAAAAGAUCAGCACUGCCUGGGGGAUUUCUGGCAGCAAAAUCUUCAGAAUUUGCCAUCACCUCGGCAUCUGUUAUAUAAAGGUAUAUAA